CGCCCCUGUAGCUGUUGCGACGCAGCUGCUGGUGGCUGUUGCUGUUUUGGAAUAACUCUUCCAGGUAGGAGCUGUUAUCACCUUUGAGGAAAGAGGAACCUGAGCGAAAAAGAGAUUAAGUGACUUUCCCAGGGUCACACUGCUAGAAAGACCCCCCCAACAUGGAAGAGACAGUUGAGGAGCCCCCGACGUCAGCUGUCUUGCUGGAUCAUUGCCAUUUCUCUCAGAUCAUCUUUAACAAUGUGGAGAAGUUUUACAUCCCUGGGGGAGACAUCACAUGCCAUUACACCCUCACCCAGCAUUUCAUUCCCCGCCGGAAGGACUGGGUUGGCAUCUUUAGGGUAGGAUGGAAGACAACCCGAGAAUAUUACACUUUUAUGUGGGCUGCUUUGCCAACCGACCUCAACAGUAAAUCAUCCUUGCAGCAACAAGUGCAGUUUAAAGCUUACUACCUACCCAAAGAUGAUGAGUAUUAUCAGUUCUGCUAUGUGGAUCAGGAUGGUGUUGUCCGAGGGGCCAGUGUCCCUUUCCAGUUCCGUCCGGAAAGUGAGGAGGACAUCUUGGUGGUCACCACUCAGGGAGAGGUGGAGGAGAUUGAGCAGCUCAACAAGGACCUUCGCCAGGAGAACCAGGACCUGAAAGACAACUGUCUUAGUCUCCAGAAACAGAACUCAGACCUGCAUGCUGAGCUUCAAAAGACACAGGAACUGCAGGAGAGACUGGAGUCUCUGACAGAGAUCAAUAAGACAUUAGAGCAGAGGAUUGGUGUCCUGAAUGAAGAGAAUGAGGGUCUGAAAGUACAGAAAGGUUGCUGGGAGACAGAACUGCUUCAACUUAAAGUGCAGAACCAGAAUGUGUCCUCAGAAAAUGAGAAAAUGGGUGUCAGGCUGAAGACCACUCUUGAUCACCUUGAUCAGCUUCAGGCACAGAUUUCAGUUCGGGAGAAAGAAAUGGAGAAGCUGACUCAAGGAGACCGGGACAGAACAGAGCAGUUGGAGCAUUUGAAGAAAGAAAAUGAACAGCUACUUCUCAGUUUGACUAAACAGAGGGAGCACCAGCAGAAGCUUGAAGAGACUGUGGAGGAGAUGAAGCAAAAGGAAACUGGAUCAGCUCGGAAGCAGCAGGAGCUCAUGAACCAGAUCAGUGACCUGAUGAAGAAGCUAGAGGAGAGUAAGUUUUUAUAUGAGGAGCUACAGAGAGAGAAGACCAGGAUAGAAGGAGAAAACAAUCUCUUGCAGAAGGAAAAUGAGAGGCUGCUGUGUUAUGUCUGUGAGAAUUCUGAUUCUAAUCUGCUCUCUAACCCUACUCCUGUUCAAGAAGCCCUAGAAGAAAACACUGGACUCGUCUUUGGAAAUCCUUACUCUGCUACCCAAGACGUCCAUGUUCCCAGCCUGCCCUCCAUCAAAAAGUGCCCUAUCUGCCGUGGGGUCUUCCCUGAUGAUGUGGAGGAAAACAUCUUUGAGCAGCACCUGCAGACCCAUAUCCUGGACUGUCCAUAUUGUGAUGAGUUCUUCUCAGAGGCUGAGCGACAGGUGUAUGAUGAUCAUGUGUUCUGCCACUCACUUUAAAAAGUGUCACAAUUGUUUGAUCUCAGGUAGAAUAGGCCAGAAAGCUCCUCUUAAGAGUAAUGAGUCAAGAUUGCUUCCAGACCUGAAACCUCUAAAUCCACUCAGUCCUUCUUUCUUCUGGAGAUGGCGUCCUGAAGACCCAUCUUUGAGAUAUUUGUUAACAUUCAUCCUUUUGGAUCAGUCUCUGUUAUAGCUCAGAUAACUAGCUUGUGGCCCUUAACCUUUCUAUAAAGGGACUCAAUGAGACAGGCCCAGAAUGAGGCUGCCUUGCUUUUGCAGACCAGAACCUGGCUUGGGCACUGAAGUGAUUAUCCCUCUCUGUCACCUACCUGCUGUUUGAAUUGAUCAAGCCAAGGUGAAGCUGGCCCAAAUGAAUUUGCACUCUCAGUUAUAGCCCUGUAUCUAGAAGUCAUUUGAGGCAGUGACUGGGAAUUUCCUUCUAUUCACUAGCUCUUUUCCUCCAACUAGCUGCUUGGAUUGGUCACAUUUAGCAAAGCAAAGAAUGAAUGCAUCCGGACUCUAGUCUGGCCAUGUGAAGUAUCUUGCCCCAGCCUCCCCCUUCCUUAUAGAAGUAACAUUUGCAUUUUCUAUGCAAAUAUACAACCCUAGUGUAAUGGCCUUUCAUAGUGAGUAAUUAGAAGCCAGUGAUUUGGAAUUGUUUUCCUGAGCAGCAGGUGGGUUUAAAUUAUUUUGGAUAAGCAAAAAUAAUGGAUACUUAAGUCUGUUAAUCUCUUGAUUGCAAAUAAAAUCCUCAUCUCUUUCUGUGA